UUUUCUUAUCAUCAAAUCUUAAAAUACCCAAAAUCAAUCGGACAGAUCGUCUUAUAGUCUUAUAUAUAUUAAUAAAAAAGUAUCAGUAGCAACUAAACGAGUUCCCUAUUAACCAAUAACAGAGUUACACGUGUGCUUUUAGAUAAUUGUCAAGAUACCAUUUUCACUGUGAAAAAUAAAUAAAUAUCUUGUUUGUGGGUCAACACUCUUUGGUUCUAACCAACAUUUUUCACUUCCACAAAUCCUCUGUUUUCCUCUGCAUCUGAUACGUUCAUAAAAUAUAGGGGGUGUUGUUGAUUUUGAAUGGCUCGGUUGAUUCUUCCUUGCAAAAGUUCGUGUUUGGCAAGGACCAGUCUUUUGGGUUUGAUCUCUUCUACUCCAGUGAUUAUCCACGGCAUCUUUCUUUAUGAAUACCCUUUUGUUUACUUAUAUGGGUUUCAGUUGCUUGCCAUUGAAACUCAUGGUUUUGAAUCCAUUGUAACUGAUUACAUUGCAUGAUGCUCAAGUUCAAAAGUGCAUUUAGAUUGGUAUUUUUGAUGGGUGGCUUCUAGCAGUUUGUAUACAUUUUACAGUUUCCUUAGACGUUUGCUUCUGCGUGUGCAAUGAUGCGUGCACAUAGCAAAUAGAUACACUGUUGCUGGCAGUUUGAAGGGUACAGGCUAAAAGUAGUGUUAGUUCCUUUCAAAGUUCAUUGAAGAAUAUCUCUCGGCAACCUGUAGAAGGAAUUACAGGUUUCCACAUUCUUCACAUUAUAGGCCAAGGGAAGCCAGCAGAAGGCUGCUUUGUUCAGUUGCUACUGAACCUUUACCUAAGCAAGUUGAAGAAUCUGAAAUGGACGCACCUAAAGAAAUCUUUCUUAAGGACUACAAGUCCCCUGACUACUACUUUGAUACGGUGGAUUUGAAAUUUUCACUGGGUGAGGAGAAAACAAUAGUUGCUUCAAAAAUAACUGUGUUCCCCAGGGUUGAAGGUUCUUCUUCUCCACUGGAUCUGAACGGGGUAGAUCUAAAGCUAAUUUUGAUCAAGGUCAAUGGCAAGGAACUGAAGGAGGGAGAUUAUUAUUUAGACUCACGCCAUUUGACACUUCCAUCACCACCAAGUGGCAAAUUUACUUUGGAAAUCGUUAAUGAGAUACAACCUCAGAAGAACACAUCAUUGGAGGGGCUUUACAAGUCAUCUGGGAAUUUCUGUACACAAUGUGAAGCAGAGGGUUUCCGGAAAAUUACAUUUUAUCAGGACCGUCCUGAUAUAAUGGCUAAAUACACAUGCCAUAUUGAAGCUGAUAAGUCAUUGUACCCAGUAUUAUUAUCUAAUGGAAAUCUCAUAGAGCAAGGAGACCUUGAGGGUGGCAAGCAUUAUGCUGUAUGGGAAGAUCCCUUCAAGAAACCAUGUUACUUGUUUGCCUUAGUAGCUGGCCAAUUGGAGAGCAGAGAUGACAUAUUUGUUACCCGCUCAGGCCGACAAGUGUCCCUAAGGAUCUGGACCCUGGCACAAGAUGUACCCAAGACUGCACAUGCCAUGUAUUCACUUAAAGCAGCUAUGAAGUGGGAUGAAGAUGUUUUUGGUCUUGAGUAUGACCUGGAUCUCUUCAAUAUUGUCGCUGUUCCUGAUUUUAACAUGGGAGCCAUGGAAAACAAGAGUCUGAAUAUUUUCAAUUCAAGGCUUGUUUUGGCUUCUCCGGAAACUGCUUCAGAUGCUGAUUAUGCAGCUAUUUUGGGUGUUAUUGGUCACGAGUAUUUUCACAACUGGACUGGCAACAGAGUGACAUGCCGGGACUGGUUUCAGCUCAGCUUGAAGGAGGGUCUUACUGUUUUCCGUGAUCAGGAAUUUUCAUCUGACAUGGGAAGCCGUACAGUGAAGAGGAUUGCUGAUGUUUCAAGGCUUCGAAAUUAUCAAUUCCCACAGGAUGCUGGUCCCAUGGCUCAUCCUGUUAGGCCACAUUCUUACAUUAAGAUGGACAACUUCUACACAGUGACGGUUUAUCAAAAGGGAGCCGAAGUUGUCAGGAUGUACAAAACACUCCUGGGAACUCAAGGGUUCCGAAAGGGCAUGAAUCUUUACUUUAAAAGACAUGACAGGCAAGCAGUAACUUGUGAAGACUUUUUUGCUGCCAUGCGAGAUGCAAAUGAUGCAGAAUUUGCUAACUUCUUGCAUUGGUAUUCACAAGCUGGGACUCCGGUAGUAAAAGUUACUUCAUCUUACAAUGCCAAUGCUCAUACUUUUUCUUUGAAGUUUAGUCAAGAGGUACCCCCAACUCCUGGGCAGCCUGUUAAAGAACCCAUGUUCAUUCCUGUGGCUGUUGGUCUACUGGAUUCAAGUGGAAAGGACAUGCAUCUAUCCUCUGUGUAUCACUAUGGGACACUGCAGUCUUUUGUAAGCAACAGUCAGCCAGUCUUAAGUACUGUUCUUCGAUUAACUAAGAAAGAAGAAGAAUUUGUGUUUUGUGAUAUAUUUGAGCGGCCAAUUCCAUCACUAUUGCGAGGUUAUAGUGCUCCUAUCCGUCUCGAAUCUGAUCUCUCUGAUAGUGAUCUAUUUUUCCUCCUUGCACAUGAUUCGGAUGAGUUCAAUCGUUGGGAGGCUGGACAAUUGUUGGCAAGGAAGCUCAUGCUCAGCCUAGUUGCUGAUUUCCAACAAAACAAACCAUUGGCCCUGAAUCCCAAAUUUGUGCAAGGUCUCAGAAGCAUACUAUCUGAUAGAAGCUUGGAUAAGGAAUUUAUUGCUAAAGCAAUAACACUCCCUGCUGAAGGGGAGAUUAUGGAUAUGAUGGAAGUUGCUGAUCCUGAUGCUGUUCACGCUGUUCGGACCUUCAUUAGGAAGGAACUUGCCUCACAACUGAAAUCAGAGUUUCUAAGCACAGUUCAGAACAACAGAAGCUCAAAAGAGUAUGUAUUUGACCAUCUUAAUAUGGCCCGGCGUGCUCUCAAGAAUGUUGCUCUUGCAUAUCUUGCAUCCCUUGAAGAUCCAGAGAUAACAGAGCUUGCACUACAUGAGUAUAAUACCGCCACAAAUAUGACAGAUCAGUUUGCAGCUUUGGCGGCCAUUGCCCAGAAGCCUGGUAAAACUAGAGAUGAUGUUUUGGCUGACUUCUGUAGCAAGUGGCAGCAUGACUACCUGGUUGUAAACAAAUGGUUUGCCCUUCAAGCCAUGUCUGACAUUCCUGGUAAUGUUGAGAAUGUUCACAACCUCUUAAAUCAUCCUGCAUUUGACCUGCGCAAUCCAAACAAGGUAUACUCACUCAUUGGAGGAUUCUGUGGAUCUCCUGUGAAUUUCCAUGCCAAAGAUGGGUCAGGCUACAAGUUCUUGGGUGAAAUAGUAUUACAACUUGACAAGCUAAAUCCUCGGGUGGCCUCCCGCAUGGUAUCCGCCUUCUCAAGAUGGAGGCGUUUUGAUGAAAGCAGGCAAAAACUUGCCAAGGCACAAUUGGAGAUGAUCAUGUCUGCCAAUGGGUUAUCAGAGAACGUGUUCGAGAUUGCGUCAAAGAGCUUAGCUGCUUAAAUGCCUUAAUGACUUCCGCUGCUUCCCGCUUGUGUUAUAGACAAACAAAAAAUAAAAGAAAAACUUUAACUGCAUUUUAAUUAUCUCGUCACCGAAUUAGAUAUGACCAGUAGUUGUUUUGUUAUUCAGUGAGUGGAAUUGAAUUAAGAACCAAAGACCCAAGCUUUUCUACAAAACAAAAUGAGGAAAAGUUCUUACUUUUAUUCUGUUUUAUAGGGUGGGUGACUUGAACUACUAAAAAACUCAAAGCCUCCAAAUUGGUUUCAGAAGUUAUUUCAUAGUAUAUAUUCCCAAUUCUCAUCUUGGUCGGGUUGUAUGACAAGUCAUUUGAUUUAACUUGCUGCAAAUCUGGUUGGAAUUAAAUGGAGCUUGACAUAACUUUGGUCUAUUGAGAUGAGAGUGUAAGAUUUUCUGAAAUUGAUCCACGUGAGAAGAAUAAGCCCCAUAAGGCCAUAACUUUACUAGGAAAUGUCUGACUGUCAACAGCAUCAGUCAACUUUCCUUUCAUGUGUAGAAACUGCUGAUUUGAUCUUGCAUUUCUCUGCCUUCGUCAAAAGUAGGGCAUUGCUUUUCAGCUCAAACUUAAUUCGGUUCACUCUUUCAUCAUAUUUCUUUAUGAAGGCUUAAUUCUUAUAAACCAUUUGCUUGCCUAAUCUCUCCAUCAAGCUUUUUGGGGAUCUCAUGAUAAAUUAAGUUACACCUUAAUUAAUCUAACACUAAUUGCAUAUCCCCGGCCAAAAGUACUUUCAAAUAAUCUGCUUUUAAUCAUUUUUCCUUUUACCCCAAUAAUCAUUCACCAUUCACAGCAUGAGUGAAACAACUUUCUCUAAAGCUUUAAGGCUAUGAACAAAUGGAUGAAACUCAACAAUAAAGUUAAACCCUUUUUAGCAAAUGAAAAGGAAAAGCUAGUCAUAAUUAAAGCCAAAGGUAAAGAUCCAUUGCCACAAGUCCCCUCGUGUGAAAUCUAGUACUAGUAUCUAUAGUGAAAAUCA